UUUGGGCAACUCAGGUCCGCAUCGGCGAACAGGGUUAGUUUAGUCAUUUCAGUACUAAUUAAAUUACAAUUAAGAUUCUAAUCCAAAUUAGGAACAUUAAUAAGACGUCACCCUAUGGCCUAUAUUUUAAUGCCCGCAUCCAUCACACAUUCAAUCUCGAUCUCGCGCUUCGAAAACCCAAUUUUGUCCUUCCCUCCUCCCUAUAAGACACGCCGGAGCCCAAUCCCUCUCCACGCCGGGGCCUUGAAGCGGAGUCGACAGCCGCCGUCGCCGUCGCCGUCGCCGUCGCAGCCGCCUUGUCGGGACUCGCCAAAAGACGACAUGUCCGUCGCCGUUCCUGUGUCAAUGGACGUCGUCGAUGACGAGCCUUUGCCCAAUUCUUGGAGCGGUAAUGACAGGGAAGGGUUGAUCUCGUACGGUGGUAAAAAUUCUGCUCAUAAGAAGAAAUAUCACCCAAGUGCCAUUAAAAUUUUUGGGGUGGAUCUAUCCCCAGAUAAUGUGGCUGUAGCCAUGGUCUAUUUUGUUCAAGGGGUUUUAGGCCUAGCAAGGCUUGCUGUCAGUUUUUACUUAAAGGAUGAUUUACAUCUAGAUCCUGCAGAGACAGCUGUAGUAUCUGGCUUCUCUGCAUUUCCGUGGCUUGUCAAACCGUUGUAUGGGUUUAUCAGCGAUUCUGUUCCUCUUUUUGGUUAUCGAAGAAGAUCAUACUUGAUUUUAUCAGGACUGCUAGGUGCACUCUCAUGGACUUUAAUGGCCACCCUUGUUGAUAGCAAGUAUGGUGCAGCUUCCUGUAUACUUCUUGGAUCUCUUUCUGUAGCCUUCUCAGAUGUUGUUGUUGAUUCCAUGGUUGUAGAGAGGGCACGUGGUGAAUCACAAAGUAUGUCAGGAUCUCUUCAGUCAUUAUGUUGGGGGUCUUCGGCUUUUGGUGGAAUAGUGAGUUCCUACUUCAGCGGCUCGCUGGUGGAUGCAUAUGGUGUAAGGUUUGUUUUUGGAGUCACAGCUUUGCUGCCAUUGAUAACAUCUGCGGUGGCAGUUCUCGUGAAAGAGCAGCCUGUCAGAGGGAUAAAUCGUCCUUCAGCCGACAAUAAUUUUAUCCGGAGCUCAAGACAGCAUAUUACUGAAUUGUGGAAUGCUGUUAGUCAACAAAAUGUGUUUCUUCCAACACUAUUUAUUUUCUUAUGGCAGGCAACACCACAAUCAGACUCUGCCAUGUUUUACUUUACUACAAAUAAACUUGGAUUCACUCCAGAGUUUCUAGGGCGUGUCAAGCUUGUAACAUCAGUAGCAUCUCUAAUUGGUGUUGGGCUUUAUAAUGGAUUUCUCAAGAAAGUCCCUCUGAGGAAAAUUUUUCUUGUAACCACCAUUUUUGGUUGUGCACUUGGGAUGAGUCAGGUUCUCCUUGUUACCGGAAUAAAUCGUGAGUUGGGUAUUAGUGAUGAGUGGUUUGCGAUUGGGGAUUCAUUGAUUAUAACGGUACUCGGUCAGGCGUCUUUUAUGCCUGUUCUUGUGCUGGCAGCAAGGUUAUGUCCAGAAGGGAUGGAAGCCACACUUUUUGCAACCCUCAUGUCCAUAUCAAAUGGGGGAAGUCUGCUCGGCGGGCUCAUUGGUGCCGGUUUGACGCAGCUGUUUGGUGUCACCAAAGACUCGUUCGACAACCUCUCCACCUUGAUAAUCCUGUGCAACCUGAGCUCACUGUUGCCGUUGCCUUUGCUCCGCCUCCUUCCCCAGGAAUCUCCGGACGCAAACUCGGAAACCACAGACAUGGAGUUGAAGUCUAAUUGACCUCGGCAGCUGCUCCCCAAAAGCAGAACUGUAAUCACUCUUUAAGCUUUCCGCAGAUUCUAUGUCAGAGAGAAGAGUGAGGGACUGUAAAAUGAUUGAUUAAAGAGGUGAAGGGAUAUUGAGUCCAUGAACAAGAUCUGCCCCUUACAGAGUAGCAACAGACGAUGAACAGUGGACCCCACAAGGGCCCCACCUGAGCCACUCAUACGGCGCUAGCUGACUGUGUUGUCCACGUGGGUGGGCCCCUUAACUCCUCGGCUUAUCCAAUCUGUGCCCCCAGUUUUGGAAUUGAAGUUUGAUAUAUAAGGUAAAAUAAUUAAAGUCAGGGCCUUCAGACCACGUUAUGGCUUGUCUGAUUAUGAUACCCUCCAAUAUAAGGUAAAUAAAAUAGUGGGUGGAUUAUAUUUUUUUUUAGUUCCGACGAGCCCCUUUAGGUUUAAGAAAUAGUUCUAAUUCUUGAAGUUAUUGUGUGGUAGGUGACGCUAAUGGAAAAUUAAUUGGAUAUUUUAAACGAUAAUGGGGUUGGUUUUAAGUUUUAAA